UACGGCAACGUCACGCACAUGAAGUGAAGUGGAGAACUUAAGUGAUUGAUCAUUUUCAUUCGGCAUUUUAUAAAACUUGUGAAUUUACAAUUUAAUAUAUAUAAAAUCCUUAUUUUAUAAUAAAAUAAUGGCAGAUAAUAAGAGCCCCGAUGAUCUCUCGACCGCGAUCCUCCGCCGUAAGGACAGGCCCAACCGUCUGAUCGUUGAGGAGGCGGUCAGCGAUGACAAUUCCGUCGUCGCUUUGUCACAAGCAAAAAUGGAGCAGCUACAACUAUUUCGCGGUGACACAGUGCUACUAAAGGGCAAGCGACGCAAGGAGACUGUGUGCAUAGUGCUGUCGGACGACAACUGUCCAGACGAGAAGAUUCGCAUGAAUCGCGUAGUUAGGAACAACCUUCGCGUACGCCUCUCCGACGUGGUAUCAAUAGCGCCUUGCCCGUCCGUCAAAUAUGGCAAACGGGUACACAUACUGCCAAUUGAUGAUUCCGUUGAAGGGUUAACAGGAAAUCUGUUCGAAGUGUAUCUGAAGCCGUAUUUCAUGGAAGCAUACAGGCCCAUACAUCGCGAUGACACAUUCAUGGUACGCGGGGGUAUGCGCGCCGUCGAAUUUAAGGUGGUCGAGACGGACCCAUCUCCAUACUGCAUCGUGGCCCCAGAUACCGUUAUACAUUGUGAGGGGGAGCCGAUUAAACGUGAGGAAGAAGAGGAAGCCUUAAAUGCUGUAGGCUACGAUGACAUCGGCGGGUGCCGCAAGCAGCUCGCCCAGAUCAAAGAGAUGGUGGAGCUGCCACUGCGCCACCCGUCGCUGUUCAAGGCGAUUGGUGUGAAGCCGCCGCGCGGUAUACUCAUGUACGGCCCGCCCGGUACUGGCAAGACUUUGAUCGCUCGCGCUGUCGCCAAUGAAACUGGUGCAUUCUUCUUCCUCAUCAAUGGACCGGAGAUUAUGUCUAAACUGGCCGGCGAGUCAGAAUCCAAUCUGCGUAAGGCUUUCGAGGAGGCAGACAAGAACUCUCCAGCCAUCAUCUUCAUCGAUGAGCUCGACGCUAUUGCACCUAAGAGAGAGAAGACGCACGGUGAAGUGGAACGCCGUAUUGUGUCGCAGUUGCUGACACUCAUGGAUGGAAUGAAGAAAUCAUCGCAUGUAAUCGUAAUGGCGGCUACUAACCGGCCGAACUCUAUCGACCCCGCCCUGCGUCGAUUCGGCCGCUUCGAUCGUGAAAUCGACAUCGGAAUACCGGAUGCCACCGGCCGCCUGGAGAUCCUACGCAUUCAUACCAAGAACAUGAAGUUAGGAGAUGAUGUCGAUCUUGAACAGAUCGCGGCAGAAUCCCACGGUCACGUUGGCGCUGAUUUGGCGUCAUUGUGCUCUGAGGCGGCGCUGCAGCAGAUCCGUGAAAAGAUGGAUCUCAUCGAUCUCGAGGAUGAUCAGAUCGAUGCGGAGGUGCUCAACUCGCUCGCCGUCUCUAUGGACAACUUCCGGUAUGCAAUGACGAAAUCGUCGCCAUCGGCCCUGCGUGAGACCGUGGUGGAGGUUCCCAACGUGACGUGGGGCGACAUCGGCGGCUUGCAGAACGUCAAGCGCGAACUGCAGGAGCUGGUGCAGUACCCAGUGGAACACCCAGACAAGUUCCUCAAGUUUGGCAUGCAACCGUCUCGUGGUGUGUUGUUCUACGGACCGCCCGGUUGUGGUAAAACUCUUCUGGCUAAGGCCAUCGCCAACGAAUGCCAGGCGAACUUUAUUUCAGUGAAGGGUCCCGAAUUGCUCACUAUGUGGUUCGGUGAAUCUGAAGCCAAUGUUCGAGACAUCUUUGAUAAGGCACGGUCAGCGUCACCUUGCGUGCUGUUCUUCGACGAGUUGGACUCCAUCGCGAAGUCGCGCGGCGGUUCCGUUUCAGACGCGGGUGGUGCUGCUGAUCGGGUCAUCAAUCAGAUCCUCACAGAGAUGGACGGCAUGGGCGCCAAGAAGAAUGUUUUCAUUAUUGGUGCAACAAACCGACCGGACAUCAUCGACCCGGCCAUUCUCCGACCUGGUCGUUUGGACCAGCUCAUCUACAUCCCACUGCCGGAUGAGAAGUCACGCGAGGCCAUCCUGCGCGCCAACCUGCGCAAAUCGCCCAUCGCCAAGGACGUAGAUCUAACUUACAUCGCUAAGGUGACACAAGGGUUCAGUGGUGCCGAUCUGACGGAGAUCUGCCAGCGGGCGUGCAAGCUGGCCAUCCGGCAGGCCAUCGAGGCGGAGAUACACCGCGAGCGCGCCCGCCAGCAGCAGACUGCCGCCGCAGUCAUGGACAUGGACGAAGAAGACCCGGUGCCGGAGAUUAGCCGAGCCCACUUCGAGGAGGCGAUGAAGUUUGCGCGCCGUUCCGUCUCCGACAACGACAUUCGGAAGUACGAGAUGUUCGCGCAGACGCUGCAGCAGAGCCGCGGUUUCGGUACCAACUUCAGAUUCCCGUCGAGUGGGGGCACCACAGGUGGCACAGGUACUUCGGGCGGAGACCAGCCAACCUUCCAGGAAGAAGGCGGCGAUGACGACCUCUACAGUUAAGCUGCUUCCUCGCGCCACACGCUCGCUCCAUGCUCUACCAUACUACUUAAUACACUUGAAAACCAUGGUGUUCAUAUAGAUCUUACCUAAUGUAUUUGUGAGCAUUUAAAUCUCAUUAUCGUUGCUCCAGCAAUUUGGUAAAGUUUAUAUUUGAUCUGUCAAUACAAUUACGACGGGAUAGAAUACCUGUUGAUCAGCAUCUAUCCAUGAACUGCGUUGCUCGUAUUGUCCAAACGAAAGAAUGAAAUGGUGGUAAAGGGCGAGAUUUUGAUGACCGAGGUACCCAGUUCUAGGACUGAAAUUACUUUAAGAAUUAUCGGUUUAGUAAUUCGGUGUAUCGGAGACGGGGCGAAUACGUUAUAAUGUCGCAAUGUUCACCAUUUCUAUAUGUCUAUAUGUAAUAUGUACGUCGCGAGAUGCGCAAGUAUGACUGCGCCGCGACUCAAAUUUCACUGAUCUAUAUCUACAAAUAAAAUGUAAAUGUAUUUAUUUUCUACUUCAAUCGUUCGAUAGCAUUCUGUUCCGAUUCGCUUAUAUUUAGUUGUAAUCAAAUGUUUGUGGUAAGCUCGCUCGGCGAGUGCGUAAGAUCAUAUGAUAGAGUAAUUGUUAAUUGUAUUUGCCGGAUCCUGUGCGUAGACGUCGGCUGCGGUGCCCUGGUAUCGUCGCUGACAUUAUACAAUAUCGCAGUGAUUUUUUAAUAAAAGAUUUUUAUAGACUAA